UCAGAGGCUUCUGACAGCAUCACACAGGGACAAAAGCAAAGUGUGCUCAAAACAGAAGCCACAGCUCCUCCUGCUGCAUUUCGUUUCUAGACGUGUUAAUCUAAGAGGAAACAAGAUGUGCAAAGGACUUGCAGGUCUGCCAGCUUCUUGCUUGAGGAGUGCAAAAGAUAUGAAGCACCGGCUAGGUUUCCUGCUACAGAAGUCUGAUUCCUGUGAACAUAAUUCCUCCCACAGCAAAAAGGAUAAAGUUGUCAUUUGCCAGAGGGUAAGCCAAGAAGAAGUCAAGAAAUGGGCUGAAUCCUUGGAAAACCUGAUUAGCCAUGAAUGUGGGUUGGCAGCUUUCAAAGCUUUCUUGAAGUCUGAAUACAGUGAGGAGAACAUUGAUUUCUGGAUCAGCUGUGAAGAGUACAAGAAAAUCAAAUCACCCUCCAAACUAAGUCCUAAGGCCAAAAAGAUCUAUAAUGAGUUCAUCUCAGUCCAGGCAACAAAAGAGGUGAACCUGGAUGCAGGCACCAGAGAGGAGACAAGCCGAAACAUGUUGGAGCCUACAAUAACCUGCUUUGAUGAGGCCCAGAAGAAGAUUUUCAACUUGAUGGAGAAGGAUUCCUACCGCCGCUUCCUCAAGUCCCGAUUCUAUCUUGAUUUGGCCAACCCUUCCAGCUGUGGGUCAGAGAAGCAGAGAGGAACCAAGAGUUCUGCAGACUGUGCUUCUCUUGUCUCCCAAUGUGCCUAAUUC